UCUAAAAAGUAAAAAUAAAAACUGUUUAACACAUACAUCGCAUGUUUCAAUAAAGACUGGUAUAUAUGUGUGUGUGUGUGUGUUGAUGUUGAUUGUGAUUGAUUUAGAACACGAAUGUCAUCCGAUGCGAUGGAGUUAACAGAUUUGGAGACGUUACCGGAGGAGUGCAUGGCCCAUGUUCUUUCCCUCACGUCCCCAAAGACGCGUGCAGAUCAGCCGCCGUCUCCUCCGCCUUUCGCUUCGCCGCGCAAUCCCAAACUCUUUGGGAACGUUUCUUACCCCAUGACUAUCGUCAAAUCAUCUCUCGAUCCGUUUCUCCUCCUCUGCCAUCAAUCUCCUCUCUCUCUAACAAGGACCUCUACUUCCGUCUCUGCGACUCCCCCAUCUUCCUCGACGAUGGCAAUUUGAGUUUCUCAUUGGAUAAAUUGAGUAAUAAAAAAUGUUGGAUGCUGGGAGCCAGACUGUUGAGCAUUACAUGGGAAGACACUGCAGACUACUGGGAAUGGAAUUCUCUACCCGAAUCCAGGUUCUCCGAAGUGGCUGAGCUCAGAUUUGUAUGGUGGCUUGAGAUUAAGGGAAACAUAGACACUAAAAUUUUGUCCCCCCGAACAGCCUACGCAGCUUACCUUGUAUAUCAGUGUCCAGAAGAAUCGCAAUGGGGGUUUGAGGGAAUGCCUAUUACGGUGCGUGUCACCAAUGAACAAAAUGAAGUUGUAGCUGAGCACGAUGUGUUCCUAGCAGACCCGCCAGAAGACAUGCCUCCACAAGCUCGAAGCAGAGGAGAUGGAUGGAUGGAGAUUGAGUUGGGUGAAAUUUUCAACCAAGAAGAUGAUGCUACUGUGGAGUUUCGUCUGAGGGAAACUGUGAGUGGCGAGCCUAAGGGCGGCCUCAUUGUGGAAGGUAUUGAGCUUAGGCCUAAACUAUAUAUAUAUAGUACAUAGAAUGAAAUUGCUAAGAUGUCAUCAACUCAAUAAUAAGUCUCCAUGCCAUUGGUAAAAUGCGUAUCCCUUUUGGGAAUAGAAUAAAGUAGCUAAGUUUGCUUUGGUUUCAGGGUUACAAGUUUCAUAAAGUAGGCAUGCCUGUCCCUUCGAAACUUGAUGGACUCUUUUCUACUUCUUAUACAAGAUAGUUCAUCAAUACAAAUUGUCAUCCUUUGAUAAAAUAAUAAUAAA